AUGACAGCGACCUAUCCUCCUCACGGCCGGCGCGGGCUCCCUGUCGACGGCCCUCCUCAUAUCACUCACCCCGGCACCGAGAGAAAGGAGAGGGGCCAAGCAGACAAUUACGACAGCGGCGCCGUCGUUGCCCCGGCCCCGAGGGUCACACACAACGGCUCCGUCUACGACAUCACAGAGAGGGUCGCCGCGCACUCCGGCGAGGAGAUCACUCUCCGCGCGGCGGGCGGGGCCGUGGAGCCGUACUGUGACAUCUUGUCCAUCUACAAGCAGCACCUCGAGGAUGAGCUGGCCGUGCUGGAGGGAUGCAAGGGUACCGACACGAUGGCUUGGGAAGAACCGAGAAAGACGGGCAUGCAGUACCGCCGCCUGGGCAACUCCGGCCUUCACGUCUCGGUGCUGGGUCUGGGAGGAUGGUUGACUUUCGGCGGCCACGUUGAGAACGAGAAGACGUUUGCGUGCAUGAAGCAGGCCUACGACCUGGGCAUCAACUUCUUCGAUACGGCCGAGAGCUAUGCCGGCGGCAACUCGGAGAUCAUCAUGGGCCAGGCCAUCAAGAAGUUCAACUGGAACCGCAACGACAUCGUUGUGACCACCAAGCUCAACUGGGGCGGCGCCAACGGCGAGGUGCUCAUCAACAACCACGGUCUCUCGCGCAAACACAUCAUCGAGGGCCUCCGCGCGUCCCUGAAGCGCCUCGAUCUCGAAUACGUCGACAUCGUGUACGCCCACCGCCCCGACCGUCUGACCCCGAUGGAGGAGACGGUUCGCGCUUUCAACCAUGUCAUUGAUAAGGGCUACGCCAUGUACUGGGGCACUUCCGAGUGGAGCGCCGACGAGAUUGCCGAGGCCUGCGGCAUCGCCAAGGACCUCAGGAUGAUUGCCCCCGUCGUCGAGCAGCCCCAGUACAACAUUCUCGAGCGCCGCAAGGUCGAGUACGAGUUCCAGCGCCUGUACCAGCGCUUCGGUCUCGGCCUGACCACCUUCAGCCCCAUCAAGAUGGGCUUGCUCAGUGGCAAGUACAACGAGAGUUUGGACGCGCCGCCUGCGGGAAGUCGCUUUGCCGAGGGCAAGGGCGACAAGUUUGUCAACUGGGCCAACAAGGAGUGGUAUGGCAAUGAUGAGUGGAAGGCCCUGAUUCAGAACGUCGUCAAGCUCAAGGGUAUCGCGGAGAAGCUCGGCGCGACGCAGUCCCAGCUGGCCCUUGCGUGGUGCCUGAAGAACCCGAACGUGACUUCUGUCAUCACGGGCGCCUCGAGACCCGAGCAGAUUGUCGAGAACGUCGGUGCCCUGGAGGUUCUGGCCAAGCUGACACCGGAGAUCAUGGCCGAGGUUGAUGCCAUUGUGGGCGAGGUCAAACUUGACCCGGCCAGACAAGAUUAG